CUUUGCCUUCGACCGCCAUUGUCCCCGUCGCCGCGCGCGCGUCCCUCCACAUGUUUGCCAGCCACGCUCAGAGAGUCUUGGCAGAGCAACAGUCAUAUGCUCUCUUUCCCGAGAUCGAACUUUGGGUCGGCGGUCCCAUAACGCGCCUGCGCGAUUCCUGCCACAGGGUAAAGGGCUACUUGGUGAAAGCGGACCUGCUCUUCACAAUGAGCCGUCAGCUCAGAGACCUCAUGCGCAGCGUCGGCGCCUAUGCCGUGCAUGUCGCUGACGUCUUCAUCGCCCUCCGCGACGUCGUAGCCGUCAUAUCUCAAGGAAUUGUCUCCGAUGAGCCGGGAAACCUCGACAACUACACCGCUCUUCUCAGGGAGAAAAGACUUCUCCUGCACUCGCGCAUCGACGAGGCGCUGGACGCCCGGGACGAUGCAAACGCUACACUUCUCGCACUUGAAGAGGCCGUCGAAGAUCGGCUCACGUUCGCUCACGAUCCCUGUGCCUCCUUCCUUAAUUCUGUGCUCGACUGGAUUUACCCAGUUGACAACCAGAAUCGCGAUCCCCUGCGAUUUGCAGCAGAAGCUCAGAUGCUGCACGAGCGCAUCAACGACAUCGAGGCGCUUCUGGAGAAAAUGGCAAUGCUUGUGCAGGGCAUCCCACAGCGCUUCUCUCUGGAUAAGGUUGUGGAGAUUCGCCAAUUCCCGGACGAUGAACGCGUCAGGGUCGUGAGUGGAGUACGACAGGCCGAUACAAAGCUUGAGCUGCUGGAUUGGCGGGGUCGCGGUUUGGGGAGGAAUUUAAUCCAGUAUGCAGAUUACAUCCCUCUGCAUGCGUGACGUAUGGUAUCAUAUCCAGAAUGCAGCUAUGUUUUGUGAGUUGCCCUCAAAUUCAACACGUAUUACUCUGUUCUCGUCGGUUCCUAGUCCUACUUGGACUGCGUCAAGAUGAAUACUAUCUUG